AUGGCGGCCGAGAGCGUGGGCCUCGCAGCCUCGGUUGCCGGUCUACUAUCUCUAGGCUUGCAGAUCACCGGCGGCAUCGUGAAGUAUAUGGACGCGUUUGAGGGCCGUGGCGAGGAACUACGAAACGUCAAGCAACAUAAUGACAACCUGGGGGUCACACUUCAUGCGAUGAAAACGGUGUUAGCUGGUCUGCAAGGCCAAAGUCCUGCAGUCGUUGAUGCAGUAGAUCAGAAUAUUCGAAGCUGCGAGGACGACCUUCGCGCCGUCGAGGCUUUAUGCAUUGACCUUUCUGAUCGCGAUGGCAGUACGUGGACGAAGCGGCUGGAGAACAAGAAAAAGAAGGUGACUUUUGCGUUCCAUCGACCCAAACUUCGAGACCUUGAGCUGCAGUUGCAAAAGGCCUGUGGUUCUCUGCAACUGGUACAGGGCAGCUUGGGACUGGAAACCUCGAACAGGAACGCAGUCUUGCUGGCGGCUAUCGAGUCGAGUUCUCGCGACCAAGCUUCUGAAAUGCUCUUAAUCCGGUCAGAAGUAGCAGCACUUGGUACGCCUGUGGGCGACAUCAAUGACAAAUUGUCAGGUCUACAAAGCAUUGCGGACCAGACAAGACAAUUCAUCGUGGCUCAUUCCGGAGCUAUCGAAAUUGAGGCUCGUGAGAGCAGCCAGCGUCUCAGAUAUGAUCUUCAGCAUUCGCAUGCCUCAAUUGUACAGCACCUUAAGACAAUCGAUCACAAAGUACAGCUUCUGGGAGAAGAGAACAGUUCUCUACGGGCAUUGGCUCUCAAAGCGGCCUCCAAGCCAGCAGCUCUCAAGAGUUUGUGCGAUGACAUGAAAUUGUCGGGGAAGCGUUGCAACAAAGACAUUGCUCCACAGCGACCAAAAAACCAACGGAAAACAACUUCAUCAGAUCCAUCAAGGGACUCAGAGACCAGGUUGGAAGUUGGCAAAGUGUGCAUCUGCCCACGUCCUGCAAGAUCAUUCAUGCAGAUGCAGAUGCAGCGAGGCUACACGUACCUGUCCGGCGAGUGGGAAUCCCAAGGCCACUGGUCGAGCUGCCCACUCUCAAAAAUGCCAAAGAAGCAACGAAUCAAGGCAACCUUGAAAUACACUGGCGUUUCUCGCCUUCUGAAAUCAGUCAUCGAAAUUUCGUUUGCUUUGACAUCUGGAGCUGGGGGCUGCAGCAUCAGUCCCAGGUUUACCUACUAUCCGACUGCGGACGUCAACUCGGAUCCCGCUUUCCGCUUAAUCAACUUGAUGAGAAGAAGCUAUCUUGGACGGAAUAAGCGGAGUAAGGAGCGCUUCUUUACCGCUUACUUGAGAAAACUGGCAAAACUUCUCGAAGAAAGACGAACCUACCCGACUAUUGUGGACGACACAAACAGGACCUUGAUGCACCAUGCUGCUAUUUUAGUCAGAGACCUAUCCGUCUUAUAUCACGAAAGACUUAGCGAGAUGAAAGCGGCUGCUGAAAUCGUCCCGAUUCUGCUCUCGUAUGGUGUUCCAGCCUUUUCAUACGAUAUUGAGGGCAAGCUUCCUUACUUGAUCACGUAA